UCGUGACGAGUUGAAAAUGGCGGCGAGUCGUACACCACAUUAACUUUAUCGGCUAAUAAUGACAAAAACAGCUUUUUAAAACGAAGGAAAGCGAACGCGUUUAAAAUCAAAACUCCACUGGUUAUCCUAGAACGCGUUCCUUCGGAAAAACGGGGAGAAAAUCCAGGGUGAGCACUUAAGAUUUCCGAGUGGGACGCGGAAAGUUGCUCAGUGUGUAACCUCGUCCACGCGCCGUUGGGUUCGGAGCUGGCACGCGCCGCGCUCGCGGACGCGAGUCGGCCGCGGCGCGAGCCACCCGCACGCAGCCCGCCUUCGCUUGAAUCCUGAGGCGAGAGAAGAGAACGGAGAGGGCGCUGCUGUGUGUGUGUGUGUCGCGCACCGCAGGGGGGGGGACGGACGAGAGCGGCGGUGUACGGACACAGAACCGUGCCGUGCGGCGGCGGUUUUCGUUUCGUCUCGUCUUGUUUUCCUGGAGCCGCUCCCACGCUUUUCGGUGCUGAAAUGCUGCCCGGCUUCACUUCAGCGCGGGGCAGCUGCCUGGUCUGGUUAACCUGCUGCUGCGGGUAGCUACAGAGGGAGCUACUAGCGCCGGCCCGCCAACGAGCGCUCUGUCUGUGAACUGCAGUACAGCAGCAGGCGAGGACAAGACUCUGAGCGCUGAAGACAUAUUUAGUUCUACGGGAGAACGUUUGUGUAAGAAGCUCGGUCGCCCGUAAAAGCAGCUAGCCGCUUAGCAGCGCGCGUGCCGUGGGCCUCCUCCUAUUAAAUUCUUUUCCCAGAAUGAAGCUCGCGAGCGGCGACAGAGUGACCGGAAACACCUGUCAGUGAGACCCGGCCCGGGGCCGCGCGUCUGUCCGCUCCCUCCUGCCACUGCGCUCCACGGGUCCUUAUAGGACUGGACUGGACUGUACUGUUUGUGGCCCGGACGGGACACUCCGACCCUGUCGUCGAGCCUCAGCCUGAGCCCGAACGGACAUGGAGGAGAGCCGCCCCCGCUACAGCAAGCGCCUGCGGUCAGGUACACGAAGGCGCUACCAAGAUGAUGGCAUCUCAGAUGAUGAAAUUGAGGGGAAGAGGACUUUUGACCUGGAGGAGAAACUGCGGAGUGACAGAUUCAGCUCAGAUCGUGUCAAGCGAAUGGAGGGAAAAGACUUCACAUAUGAAUACAUCCAAAGAGAGGGCUUAAGGGACCCCAUCAUUUUUGAAAAGCCAGAUGGACUUGGCAUCAAGAUGCCGGAUCCAGAUUUUAGUGUAAAUGAUGUCAAACUGUAUGUAGGCAGCAGGCGGGUCAUUGAUGCGAUGGACGUGAACACGCAGAAGGGCAUCGAAAUGUCCAUGGCCCAGUGGCAGCGCUACUAUGAGACGCCGCCAUCCCAGAGGGAGAAGCUGUACAAUGUCAUCAGCUUGGAGUUCAGCCACACGAAGCUGGAGAACCUGGUGAAGAGGCCCACCUCAGUUGAUAUGAUCGACUGGGUCGACAACAUGUGGCCCCGGCAUUUGAAGGAGCGACAGAGAGACGGCACUAAUGCCAUUGUUGACAUGCAGUAUCCCAAAGUGCAGAAGUACUGCCUGAUGAGCGUGCAGGGCUGCUACACAGAUUUUCACAUCGACUUUGGGGGGACAUCUGUGUGGUACCACAUACUGCGCGGAGGCAAGGUGUUCUGGCUCAUUCCGCCCACGCCCCAGAAUCUGGAGAUGUACGAGAACUGGGUGUUGUCAGGGAAACAGAGCGAUAUUUUCCUGGGGGACAAGGCCACUGACUGCCAGAGGAUCGAACUCAAGCAGGGUUACACCUUCAUGAUCCCUUCUGGAUGGAUCCAUGCCGUGUAUACGCCAGUCGACACGCUGGUGUUUGGUGGCAACUUCUUGCACAGCUUCAACAUCCCCAUGCAGCUGCACAUCAAUACCAUUGAGGACCGAACAAGGGUGAGCAUAUGGACUCAGGUCCCAGCCAAGUUCCGCUACCCGUUCUACUAUGAGAUGUGCUGGUAUGUACUGGAGCGGUACCUGUACUGUCUGACCAACACAUCGCACCUCACCCCCGAGUUCCAGAAGUACUCGCUGGGCAUCGGCCUGAAACGAGAGGAGUUCCUCAAUGGCCAUAUAAAAGAUGAAGAUGAGCAAGAGGACGAGGAUGACUCUGGUCCCAUCAAACCAGGGAUCAAAGUUCACCUCACUCCUUUUGAGCUGGAGGGGCUUUGGAGUCUGUUGGGAAAGCUUGAGUCGCUUCCAUCCCACAAGAAGUGUGUCCCCACCGGGAUCCACAACGCCCCGGCCUUGCUGCACGACAUCAGGACCCUGCUGCAGGAGCACGCCAACGACAUCCCCAAGCUGUCCUACACUGGAAGGCCCAUUGUCAAGUGGCCUAGGAGGCCCUCGUGGUACCAGCCCCCUCCCUUUCCUCCUCCCCCAACGGUGGGCCGGCCCCGCCUCUCCACCACGCCAGUGCCCCAGCGGCCUCAGAAGCCGCCGUCCUCCAUGUCGGUACUACGACGGCGGCGUGUGCGUUGCAAGCGCUGUGAGGCAUGCCUCAGGACAGAGUGCGGUGACUGCAACUUCUGCAGGGACAUGAAGAAGUUUGGAGGCCCCGGCAAACUGAAGCAGACAUGUGUGCUGCGGCAAUGCCUCGCCCCGGGUCUCCCACUGUCUGCUGUGUGUGAGGUGUGUGGCGAAGGCAACCAGGAGAGUGGCGACACCACACCCUUCUCCCUAACACUUAUGGAGUGCUCCAACUGCGCUCAGAUUGUUCAUCCUGGGUGCCUCAAGGUGCCAGGAGAGGGCGUGGUGAACAAGGAUCUGCCAAGCUGCUGGGAGUGUCCCAAGUGUGCCACAGGCAAACCGUCACAGUCGGAGUCCUCAGGCAGCGAUGACGACAGCGUGGCGUCGGCAGGCUCGCUUUCGCCGGCCGCGCCCGCCUCUGAGAAGCUCUCGCACAGGAAGGGGCUGGGGGGCGGGGUGGGCGACGAGGGCGGAGGGGGCCGGGGCCGCGGGAGGCAGGGUGCCGGGCGGCCUCUCUCCUCUCUCUCGGGGGCACCCCCCACUUCCCACAGGCUGCUCUUGCAGCAGCAGGACAGGAAGCGGGCGGGACCCCUGGAGCUGCGGCUCAGGAAGCGGAAACGUAAGUCCUCCUCUCUGGACUCGCGAGUGGCCAAACUCCAGUGUCGCCGCAGACCCAGCAAAGAUGAUGAUGACUCGGUCAGCAGCGAUGAAGACGAUGAUGACGACGAUGAAGAUGAUGAUGAAGAUGAGGACGAUGAUGAAGAUGAGGAGGAGGAGGACGAUGACGACGACGACGAAGACAGUGGUGGUGGCCGGAAGCUGUCCUUCCACUCCAGAGGCACAUCGGGGUCAACUUCACGCCUGCAGCACUCCUCUCGAGGGGUGGGCACAGGGAGGCGGGGCUUAUGGAGAGGGUCCACCCAGCGCAUGGGCCGCGGGGGUGGUCUGCCCCCUGACUCAGCCCUGAGGAUGCGCCGUGGUGUGGGGAUGAGGGACGGACGCAGGCAGCGCGGGGGGCGCGUGUGGCCACGAGGAGGAGGACGGACACAGCAGCGGCGCCGCGACGACACGGAAGACGAGGACAGUGAAAGCGACAGUGACGACCACGAUGAGGAUGAGGACGAUGAGGAAGAGAGCGAAGACGGACAGCUCGGGGGUCAGCUGGACAAGGAGAGCCGAGGGCAUCGGCGGCGUGCGCGAGCAGAGCGGGACGAAGACAGUGACGAGAGGGAUCUCGAUGGAGCUGGACAGGAUGCUGAGAUGGACGAAGAUGCAGAGGAGGAAGAGGGGAACCCAUCAGACUCUGAGCCAGAGCCGCCUGUACUGCUGGUGUCAGACUUGAACGAUGACCUGCUGAACGGGUCCUAUCUGACAGUGACGCUGCAGCGCCCUCCGAAGGCCAAGCGUGACCCUGGUGCCAUUGUCCCCAAGCUGGAGGCAGCCGUGUCCCCCAGGGUACUGCCCAAUAGCCAAGGCUAUGUCCAGCGAAAAUCUUUGCAGCGGCCACGACACAGGAACGGCAGCACUGGUAAUGGCCUGGUGACACAGGGAGCCCGUGGAGGGGGCUUCUCUGCUGGGGGGCGCUAUCACAGACUGCCAGGGCGCCCCCACCGGCACGCGCAGGACCCAGGCUCAAUGGAGUGGGAGACGGCAUCCCCCUCCACCACCUCGUCCCAGUCCUCGGCCUGUCCGACACCCCCACCCCCGACCUGCUCACCUCCCUCUCUGCUGUCACUGCCCUCCUUCAGGGAUGUGGGGAACGAGCCCGGGUGUGAAAAGGAGGUGUGGGUGUCUGUGUUUCGCUACCUGACCCGCGCUGAGCUCUGCAUCUGCAUGAGGGUCUGCAAGACCUGGUACAAGUGGAGCUGCGACAAGCGCCUGUGGAACCGUGUUGACCUGAGCCGCUGCCGCUCGCUCAGCCCCCAAGCCAUGUCUGGCAUUGUCAAGCGGCAGCCUGUCACGCUGGACCUCUCCUGGAGUGCCGUCUCCAAGAAGCAGCUCACCUGGCUCAUCAACCGGCUCUCAGGGUUGAAAGACCUGAUGCUGUCGGGCUGUUCCUGGUUGUCCAUCUCGGCUCUCAGCUGCCCCAGCUGCCCCCUUCUUCGCACCCUGGACCUGCGAUGGGCUGAUGGAGUGAAGGAUUCACAGAUACGUGACAUCAUCGCCCCCCCAGGCUGUGAGAACCGCAGUACCCUCAGGAACAUGCAGACAUUCCGCCUGGCAGGGCUGGACAUCACCGACUCGACGCUGCGUCUUAUCAUCCGCCACAUGCCCCUGCUGGCGCGGCUCGACCUGUCUCACUGCCGCAACAUCACGGACCAGUCGGUGAACCUGCUCACGGCUGUGGGCUCCUCCACACGCAACACACUUGCUGAGAUCAACCUGGCGGGGUGCAACAAGCUGACAGACGACUGCCUGCUGUACCUGAAACGAGUGCCGAGUCUCACGCUGCUGGACCUGCGGGGCUGCAAGGGUGUGAACCGGUGUGCCUGCGAGGCCUUCAUCUCGGAGCUCUCUGUCAGUGCGCUCUUUUGCCUCUCUGAGGACAAGCUCGUCCAGAGGAUAUCGUAGGGAGAGGCAAGACACGUGAACCCCGCCAGGUGGCAGAGGGAGGAGGGAUCCGUGAGGGUCGUGGGUCACAGAGUCACAGGUAGAAGUACAGGAGGGGUGUUUGGGGUUUUUUUUUCUUUUUGGGUGGGUGAGUGGAUGGGCAGGGUGCUGUGCUUUUCAGAACUCAGUUAGGAAUCGCAGGCAUUUUGCGCAGAUAAUCGGAGCAAAGCAGGACUGUGUGUUUGGGGAAAUCCAGCAUAGUCACAGCUGUUUUAGGGACCUCAAAGGGGACUUUUGGAUAAUGCAGGCUGGGAUGCAGCAUGUCCCAGAGUCCUGGUGCUGCGGCGGCUGAGAAGAGACGCUCCGGUUGCUCUCCCUGCUUGUUGGGAAUGGCACCAUAACUCCUUUCGUUCGCAAGAUCUGAGUUUGACCCCUGGAGCUGAGAGCACUUCCUUCCUCCUGCACUCGAGUCCUUUUUGACCCUCACCUUGGCUCCUCUCUUUUUCUGUAACAUUUCAAUAAGGAAUAUAAAUACUUUUGUGUACAUUUGUUCCCUUUGCCCCAUGUAAAAUGACAGAC